AUAAAUUGUUUAAGUUUUUAGAGUCUAUUUAACAAAUUUAAUGAGUUUUUUAGGUACAUCAUGUCAUGUAAGCGCAACCCUAAAUGUGAAUGCUCUUUUUUGUCAUGGGAUUUUUUACUGAAAUGAAUUCUUGUAAGUCUGGCUUUGGCCAGUGGUGUUACAAAGAGAAGGGAUAACACCACAGAUAACACUGAGAACAAAAAUAAUAUUGCCGUUUUUCAAAAUUAUGCAACUCUAGCCAUUUUUUGACGAGUAAUCUUCUUUCACUAGUAAGUAGCCUUUACUGUAGUAACGGAUCGAUGAUGGAAUAAAACUGUCAAAAGACUCAAAAGUAAAAGUCAUUUUGUGUUGUUUACAUGUUACAUGUCAUCAUGUCAAUAUAAAUUGCAAAUAUUUGUGUAUAAAUUGUUAAAGUGUGUUAUUACAUUAGACAAAAUGACUGCUUCAGAGCAAAUGGGCCUAAACAAAACAUGGGAACUGUCUUUAUACGAGUUACAUCGUACCCCCCAAGAAGCCAUUACCGAUAGUACAGAAAUUGCAGUAAGUCCUAGGAGUCUACAUAGCGAAUUGAUGUGCCCCAUUUGCUUAGAUAUGUUGAAGAAAACUAUGACUACUAAAGAAUGUCUACACCGAUUCUGUUCAGAUUGUAUUAUCACCGCUUUGAGAUCCGGUAAUAAAGAAUGCCCAACUUGCCGAAAAAAAUUGGUAUCGAAAAGAUCCCUUAGACCUGAUCCAAAUUUUGAUCUACUAAUAUCGAAGAUAUAUCCUAGCAGAGACGAAUAUGAAGCACACCAAGAGAGAGUUUUAGCUAAACUGAAUAAGAGUCAUUCUCGUGAAGCUCUUAUGAAUUCUAUAAAAGAAGGUAUUAAAAUACAAUCCCAGAAUAGGCCAAACAGAGGAAGGAAGACUAAUGAAAAUAUUCCGCCUGAUAAUGGAGAAGAUAAUACUACUAAUAUUCAAAAUAACACUGAGAAUUCUCAAGGGGUACAAAGUAUCCCAGCUGCUGCUGCUGCUACUGCUGCUGCUACAGCUGCGGCUACAGCUGCUGCUGUUGCUGCAAUUCAAGCACCAACAAUCCCUAUUAUUACAAAUAAUACUUCAACACCAGGAAACAUACCAAGUCCUUCACCAUCAGGCAGAAGUACUCCCUCACAGCCACCUAGUCCAGUAUCUUCAAGUGUGAGCUCCAUCAGCAAAUCAUUAGGCAAAAGACCCAAAAGUGUUUUAACAUCAGAGAGGAGCGAAGAAAGCGAAUCAAGCGAAAGAACAGAACAAACAGAUACUGAGGGUGAAGGUCCAUCUGAACCUUUGACUCUGAAUGAGAUCGAAUUGGUCUUUAAACCUCAUCCGACAGAAAUGUCUGGCGACAAUCCACUCGUGAAGGCUCUGAAAGAAAAUUCUAUUAGAUAUAUCAAAACAACAGCCAAUGCUACUGUCGAUCAUCUGCAUAAGUACCUGGCCAUGCGAUUGACUCUAGAUUUGGAUUCUCAAUUGUCCACCACUCACAAUUUGCUUAAUUUUUGCAUCUACAUAUCUCCAGCGACUGGACAAUACGUUCAAUUAAAUGGAAACCAAACCCUGGGACAAGUGAACGACAAAUAUUGGAAGGUGAAUAAACCAUUAGAGAUGUUCUAUUCUUGGAAGAAAACAUAGGGAAUGCGUAAAGGGCCCAAAAAGGCUCUCUAAAAGCUUGAGCGGAGGUUUUCAAGAAUCGCGGAAUGUUCAGUGGAAAGUAAAUUUAGUGUUAUAAAAUAAAUGUAUUAUAACAUAGUUUUUUAAAAAGUAGUACUAUAUAACUACAUUAUGUGUAUCGAAAUAUAAAAAAAAACAGUAUCUGAUAAAAUUUUAAAUUAAGGUUUCUUUAUGAUAGCGAUAGUAAUAUAUGUAUUAAAAUAAAAAAAUAUUUAAAAAAGA